AUCUUCAAAAAGCACUACAAAUCAAAUCAAGUAGUAGUAAAUAAAACCUAAUUUUAUAUUUUUCAUGACGCAUUGGCUUAGCUAAUUUUAAUCAUAAACUAUUUUGCAUCCUAAGCUUUAGUUUUAUAUAUGUUGAGGGUAAUGCCUGAGUGGGUGAAAGAUGGGAGGAGUUGAAGAGAGAAGAGUUGAGGUAGUGGUGGUUCCAUAUCCUACACAAGGCCACAUAAAUCCACUCCUACAAUUUGCCAAGCACCUCGCCCAUCGCCAACUCAAAGUCACACUACUCCUCAUCCCCUCCUCUAACUCCCACGACUCCUCCACCCACCUCCCACUCACCGUCCACCACGUGUCGCUCCUUCCCUACCACGGCACCAAACCCGAGGCUGUCGAGGCCUUCUGGGAGCGUCGCCAUGCUUCCAUCAGUCACCAUCUCACUCAACUUCUAGCUCGCCACCAAGACCAGAGCGACCCAAUUGCCUGCGUCGUGUAUGACUCUAUCAUGCCUUGGAUUCUCGACAUCACCAAGCAAUUUGGAGUUCUUGGAGCUUCCUUUUUCACUCAAUCCUCGGCUGUCAAUGCCAUUUAUUACAACGUCAACAAGGGAUCCUUGAAUGUUCCUUUGCAGCAGACCACGGUUUCCGUGGAUCAUGGCCUUCCAGUUCUUCACCCAUCUGACCUCCCAUCUUUCGUUUCCGAUGGAGUGAAAUACCCUGCUAUUCUUAACUUCUUAUCCGACCAGUUCACACGGUUGAACGAUGCUGAUUGGAUCUUCGCCAACACUUUCGAUACCUUAGAACAACAGGAAGGGGAGUGGAUGGGAAGACAGCUUCCGUUCAAGAAUAUUGGACCAAUGGUUCCCUCCAUCUACUUGGAUGGACGACUACCAAACGACAGAGAUUAUGGGCUCAGCCUGUUCGAAUCAAACACAGACUCCACCAUGAAAUGGCUUGAUUCAAAACGCAAAAAGUCCAUCAUUUACGUGUCCUUUGGGAGUUCAGCCGAGCUGGGAAAGGAACAAAUGGAGGAGAUAGCAUGGUGCUUGAAAUUGAGCAACAGAUUCUUCUUAUGGGUGGUGAGGGAAUCUGAGAUCCAUAAGCUUCCGCCAAGUUUCACAGACGAGACCUCGGAGAAAGGGCUAGUGGUGAAGUGGUGUCCACAGUUGGAAGUUUUGGCUCACGAGUCAGUGGGGUGUUUUGUUACGCACUGCGGUUGGAACUCGACGCUUGAGGCUUUGAGUUUGGGAGUACCGUUGGUCGCGAUGGCGCAGUGGUCGGACCAACCGACGAAUGCCAAGUAUGUAGAGGAUGUGUGGAAGGUUGGGAAGAGGGUGAGAGUGGGGGAAGAUGGAAUCUGCAGAAGGGAGCAGAUAGAGGAGUGUGUUAGUGAAGUUAUGGAGGGAAAUGAGAGUGAAGAAAUUAAAGAGAAUAUGAGGAAAUGGAGGGAACUGGCAAGAGCAGCCAUGGAUGAUGGGGGAAGCUCCAACACAAACAUAAAUCAUUUUGUACAACAACUUUUGAGGAACAACACACAAUAACUUUAAUUAGUUGCUACCUUAAUGUUGUCAAUGGCAUAGGAUUCCACAUCAUUAUUUCAUUGGAUAGAAGGUAACUCAAUGGAGGUUUGGUUCUUAAA